UCUGCAGACAUGUCUGGCAAGCCAGUGUGCAUUGCUGAUUUUGAGGAGUAUGCUAAAAGCUUUCUACCCAAAUCCGUGUACGAUUAUUACCGAUCUGGGGCGGAUGACCAGGAAACCCUGGCAGAUAAUGUUGCAGCAUUUUCCAGGUGGAAACUGUACCCGCGGGUGCUCAGGGACGUGUCAGUGAUGGACCUGUCCACCUCUGUCCUGGGCCAGAGGGUCACCGUGCCCGUGUGCGUGGCCGCCACGGCGAUGCAGCGCAUGGCUCACCCCCACGGAGAGACGGCGACCGCCAGAGCCUGCCAGGCCAUGGGGACAGGGAUGAUGUUGAGCUCCUGGGCCACUUCCUCCAUCGAGGAGGUGGCUGAGGCAGCCCCAGCUGGCCUUCGCUGGCUGCAGCUCUACGUGUACAAGGACCGGCAGGUGACGGCGUCGCUGGUGAGGCGCGCCGAGAGAGCCGGCUACCGAGGGAUCUUCGUCACAGUGGACACCCCGUACCUCGGCCGGCGCCUCGCCGACGUGCGCAACAAGUUCCAGCUGCCCCCGCACCUCAGGUUAAAAAACUUCUCGAGCAGUGAGCUGGCAUUUUCCUCAGGGAAGGACUUUGGAGAGAACAGCGGGCUGGCUGUGUAUGUCGCUGAGGCCAUCGAUGCCACAGUCAACUGGGAGGACAUCAAGUGGCUGCGGGGGCUGACCUUGCUGCCCAUCGUGCUGAAAGGGAUCCUCAGAGCUGAUGAUGCCAAAGAAGCUGUAAAGAUUGGGGUAAAUGGGAUCCUGGUGUCAAAUCACGGAGCACGACAGCUUGAUGGGGUCCCUGCUACUAUUGAUGUCUUGCCUGAAAUCGUGGAGGCUGUGGAGGGGAAGGUGGAGGUGUUCCUGGAUGGUGGUGUGAGAAAAGGCACGGAUGUUCUCAAGGCACUGGCUCUUGGUGCCAAAGCUGUUUUCAUUGGGAGACCUGUCCUCUGGGGACUGGCAUAUCAAGGUGAAGAAGGAGCAAAAGAAGUUCUCCAGAUGCUGAAGGAAGAGUUUCGCCUGGCAAUGGCACUGACAGGAUGCCAGAGAGUAGAAGAAAUUGGCAGGACACUGAUCCGAAGACAUCAAGUAUUGUUUUCCAAGAUUUAGGUCUGAAGACUUUUGCCUUGUGUGUUGCCUGUUGUGCUUCCAGACAAAAUCCAACUGCAUUCCCUCUGUGGGCCUCCUCCUGCAAUCCUGACUGAGGGAACGCUCUGCUCUGUAGGAAAUCACUGGUUGAAGAAAGAACUCAAAGCAAAUUUUACAGGUGUUUCUAAAUCUCUCAGGCUCUUAAGGAAAGCUGCUACAUUGGGAGGUGUGAUUAGAGAUGGGCCUUUAUAUGAGACCAGCAUAAGAACUUCAAGGUGUUUCGCAACAAAUGCUGAUAAUUAAUUUCCAUGCCUAGGAGUAAUUUAGCUAUUAAAGUGAAACUAUAAACAGAAAUGCUGAAAUUUAAAAUGCAAAAGAUGCUUCUUGCUCUCUGUUUAGAGAAACUAGACUGUAGAUUGUAGAGAUUAAAUCUUGCUUUCUUAUGAACAGGGUGUCCUUUCCCUAGUGACUUUAUAAGCAUCUGGGCCUUGUGGCACGUAGGCUGUAGGAGCCCAGAGGACUCUUAGUUGUAAGGAACCAAAGAGCAAAGGCAAAUGGGGGAAACUUGGGGAAAUUCAGCUGUUUAAGUGGCACAAGUCCUCUGCAAUCAGACAGCUGUUGUGUACAUGCAUUGGAUGUACGUCAGAUCCUUGGCUAAUGCAAAUCCCUGUAGCCCAAACUGUGCCAGCUGCCUCCACCUGGAGCUCCGAGUCACAUUUUUCACCUGGACUGAUUUGCUAAUAGUGGCAAGGGAAGGCUGACGCUGCCUGUGAGAGUUUGUAGAAUUUGCAGCCAUGUGCAAAAGGGAAACUUGAAUAAUUGAGGCAUUAACCCAUGACUUGGGAAGAGCCUAGUGGCUCUAUUAAGUUUCCAUGCACACCCUUAAGUCAGAUAAAUCUUGGUGUUCUUCACUCUGCUCAUGAGGAGGAUGCAGAGACACGCGGGAUCUGUGCCUCUGUUCUCUGAAUAACCCAAAUAUCCUGAAUUAAUGAGAAAUUUUGCAACUGUAAAGAAUAAAGGAGAUAAGACUA